AUGGGCGAGUGCGGCGGAGCCGGAAGUGCCGCUCCGGCCGGAAAUGGCGGCGGCGGCGGCGGGAGGCAGCGUCGUGAUCCACCUCAACGUGGGGGGCAAGAGGUUCAGCACGUCCCGGCAGACCCUCACCUGGGCCCCGGACUCCUUCUUCUCCAGCCUCCUGAGCGGCCGCAUCUCCAGCCUGAAGGAUGAGACGGGCGCAAUCUUCAUCGACCGGGACCCCGGCAUCUUCGCCCCCAUCCUCAACUUCCUGCGCACCAAGGAGCUGGACCCCAGGGGCGUCGACAUCUCGCUGCUGCUGCACGAGGCCGAGUUCUACGGGAUCGCGCCGCUGGUGCGGCGCCUGCAGCUGCUGGAGGACCUGGAGCGCUCGUCCUGCGGCACCGUCCUCUUCAACGGCUACCUGCCCCCCCCAGCCUCCCCGGGCCGGCGGCAGAACCGGCACAGCCUGGCGGGGCCGCAGGCGUCGGCGCGGGCGGGCGGCCCCGGGGUGACCGUGCGCCGCAGCCACACCAUGCCGCCCAACCGCGGGCAGGCCGGGCUGCUGGGGCGCCUGCUGGACGAGCGCAGCAUCAACCCGGGGGCAGGGCUGGGCGCUGACCCGGGCAUGGUGCGCAUCGUGUGCGGGCACCACAACUGGAUCGCCGUGGCCUACGCCCAGUUCCUCGUGUGCUACAGGAUGCAGGAGCCGUCGGGGUGGCAGCAGGUGUUCUGCAGCCCGCGGCUGGACUGGGUCAUCGAGCGCGUGGCGCUGAACGCCCGGGUGCUGGGCGGCGCCCUCGGCGCCCGCGACAAGAUGGUGGCGGCCGCAUCCUGCAGCGAGAUCCUGCUCUGGGCCCUGCAGGCUGACGGCAGCGGCGGCGAGAUCGGUGUGUUCCACCUGGGGGUGCCCGUGGAGGCUCUCUUCUUCGUGGGCAACCAGCUCGUCGCUGCCAGCCACGCGGGCAAGAUCGGCGUCUGGAACGCAGUCACCAAGCACUGGCAGAUCCAGGACGUCGCCCCUAUCAACAGCUAUGACGCUGCUGGCACCUUCCUGUUGCUGGGCUGCAACAACGGCUCCAUCUACUCCGUGGACGUGCAGAAGUUCCCGCUGCGGAUGAAAGACAACGACUUGCUGGUGACGGAGCUGUACCGCGACCCCGCCGAGGAUGCCGUCACUGCGCUCAGCGUCUACCUCACCCCCAAGACAAGCGACAGCGGCAACUGGAUCGAGAUUGCCUACGGGACCAGCUCGGGGACAGUACGGGUCAUCGUGCAGCACCCGGAGACCGUGGGCUCUGCACCCCAGCUCUUCCAGACCUUCACCGUGCACCGCAGCCCCGUCACCAAGAUCAUGCUGUCUGAGAAGCACCUCAUCUCCAUCUGUGGUGACAACAACCACGUGCGCACGUGGACUGUGACACGGUUCCGGGGCAUGAUCUCCACGCAGCCGGGCUCCACGCCCUUGGCCUCCUUCAAGAUCCUGGCGCUGGAGGCCGUGGAUGGGCACGCAGGCUGCAGCGCUGGCACCGACAUCGGCCCCUUUGGGGAGCGGGACGACCAGCAGGUUUUCAUCCAGAAGGUUGUGCCCGACGCCACCACCGUGCUCGUGCGCCUCUCGUCCACUGGCAAGAGGAUCUGCGAGGUGCGCUCGGUGGAUGGCGCCGCCAUCACAGCUUUCACGGUGCACGAGUGCGAGGGCUCGAGCCGCCUGGGCUCCCGUCCGCGACGCUACCUCUUCACCGGCCACAGCAACGGCGCCGUCCAGACGUGGGACCUCACCACGGCCGUGGAGACGCUGGGCCGGCCCCCAGACUCCGGGGGCCUGACAGAGCAGGAGCUGCUGGAGCAGCUGGAGCAGUGUGACCUGGCGCUGACCCGCACCCCUGAGCUCAGCCCGGCCGGAUCCCUCACGCCCUCCCGCGCCUCCAGCGUCAGCCUCCAGUCCCAGGGCAGCGACGGAGCCCGUGACAAACCUGCCAAGGGGGCACCUGGCCCCGGGGCCCCGCUGGCCCCUGCCCGUGCCAGCCUGCCGGCCCCCCGGCUCCGCGAGGCGCCCGUGCGCUGGGGCAGCCACAGCCCCCUGCCCACCACGGACGGGGAGCCACGAGCAGGGCUGGAGCCGCGGGCGGGCGGCAGCUUCGUGGAGAGGUGCCAGGCUCUGGCCCGCGGCACCGAGCCCGACGGGGCCCGCCCCAGUGCCAGGGCCUGGGCCCCGCGCCAGCCCCCCCACCGAUCUCCCGGCCCUGCACCCCCCAGCCCUGCACGCCUCAACGAGACCUCGUUCUGAGCCUGCUGGCGGGGGAGGAACCCCCGCUCUGAAGUGCUUGUGGGCCCCCCCCCGGGACACUGAGGACUCUGCUGCACCCAUGCUGUCUUAUGGGGGGGCAUCCCCCAACCCCCUCUGUCUGCCUGGCUCUGGGAGGGCCCUGGGGGCCCCCUCCCCCCAGCUGGGCUGGAUUCUGGGGGGGGGCACAAAGGUCACAAAAGGUCACUUUUGGGGGCAGGGCCUGGACCCCCAGGCUCUGCCUCUGCCCCCUUUGAAAAUACACCCUAUCCCCGA